GUGAGAUAAUCUUUAGCUGUGUGCAUUUUAGGUUUUAGGAGUGCUUGAGAUGGAGCAAGUGAAGGUACUAAACACAUGUAUCAGUCCCUUUGGUAUGCGCGUCUUGAUUGGCCUAGAAGAGAAAGGUGUGAAAUAUGAAUACCAAGAAGAGGUACUCUUUAAUAAGAGCGACCUCCUCUUGCAAAUGAAUCCAGUGUACAAGAAAGUACCUGUUUUGAUCCACAACGGCCAGCCUAUAUGCGAGUCUCUCAUAAUUCUUCAGUACAUUGAUGAGACAUGGGAUUCCAAGCAGUUUUUGCCGUCUAAGCCAUAUGAUCGUGCCCUUGCCCGCUUCUGGGCCGACUUCAUAGAUAAGAGGGUUUUUGACACGGUAAUUCGUUUACUGAAGUCAGAAGACAAGGUUCUGGAGGAGGCAAAGCAUGACAUGUUAGAGAGCUUUCAAUUUUUAGAAGGCACAUUGAAAGAGAUGUCGGCAGGGGGAUCGCUGGCUUUCUUCAGUGGAAGCAAUUUUGGGUUCUUAGAUAUUGCCUUCAUUCCCUAUGCUUGUUGGUUCCAUGCUUUGGAAACUAUUGGGAAUUUCAAGAUACCGUUUGAGAGUAAAUAUCCAUUGCUUGAUGCAUGGGUUAAGAAAUGUAUGGAGAGGGACAGCGUCAAGAAAGCCCUUGCCUCCCCUGAUCGGGUUCUAGAAUAUGCAUUGCAAAUGAGGAGGAGAUCUUUAAAUGCUUAAUAUGAUUGUUCAGUUAAG